AUGACUACUAUGCGUGAGGGCCCGUUUUCCAUAGCAGUGCAGAAAUUGAGAAAGCGCGAGGGAGAGGACGACAAGACCGAAGAAGCUGUUCUCGAGUUCACCGGUGAUACUCCGCUCCAGCGCAUCUGGGAAGAACUGGAAAGUAUGUUCUCUCCACCCGAUUUUCCUCCAAAAGGAAGUGCUAAAGUAAACACAGAACUAGGAUACGAAGCUCCAGAUACGAUCAUCGAGAACGGAAAGACUUGGUACAAGUCUUCUAGACAGCGUGUGUUCCACCCGUUCAAAGAGGUAGAGGUGGUCUCCGACAAAGCGGCCGUUGACGAAACCCAUAUUCAUAUUGACGAGCCACUCUAUGUGUGCUCCAACCGACGCGAAGAGGUCAAGUUUGAGAUUCUUCAUGACAACAUGGGUACCUAUGCAGAGCGCCGCAUGAACUCGCUGCGUAUCGAUGAUGAUCUCACCAUCAUUUUCCACCGAACCGUCCGCAUGCCAGAUGAUGACCGUCUUCAUGCUCUUCCUGCAUCAGUGGGCAGUUUCCCUCUUUAUAAUACCGAGGACUAUACAGACAAAUUGCCCGACAAUAUACUUGAGAAAGGAGGCGUAUUCUUGCCGAUGUGGCAGCGCGAAGCGCUGUGGAUUGAAUUUCAUACUACAAGCGAGAGUUUAUACAGUGGCAAUCAUAUGAAAUCAUACGCUAUCAGAGUGUAUAUUGGCCAAAUCAAUGCAGUCACGGGAAGAAACAUGAUGGAAGAAAGAGCCGGGACUAGCUGGGUACAGGAUUACAUUGUUGUUCCCGAUCAGAAAUGGAUCGACGGUGUCUGUGUCGCCCCUGGAGUUGUUCGGCAGUUUGUUGCCAUGCCAUUAGGAUCUGGAUACACAGUCGAAGGCCAGAAGACCGGCGAGGAAAAGCACGGAGGUCUCCAGAUUGAAGUCAUUCCUGCAUACCAGAAGAAGGUCGCCAGUUGGCUCGUAGCCACAGAAGAGGAAGCUUUGCGAGAUACGUACUUGCAUCUCGACGAGGCAAGGACUCCGGCUGAGCUGGGACUCGCAACUGGAGCGAAAAUCCGGUCCUAUCCCCCCGAAUCCACAUAUCAGAGACCGGCCAUCUUGAGCGACAUGAUAAAGAGGCUUGGUGGCGCUCCAGAAGCGAGUCGACUAUCGGUUGAAGCAUUUUAUUAUACCUUUUCGGAUGAGUCUGAAUGGGAAAGGUAUCGUGGCCGGCGAUCUUAUCGUCUGGGUCUAUUACCUAGAAUCGCAAUGGAAGCCAAUAGCAGGGGUACUUCGAAUACCUCAUUCUAUUCAGGCUCUCCAAGCUUCAUGACUGAAGUCAGCGAAAAAGAGGCUCUUCUCAACCGCCCGCCGUUUUCUAGUGAAACAAAAGGCAUCACCCGGCGCGCAAAGGAGACUAUAGAGAGAGUACAAGAGGCUGGGAUUGCAGUUGCACGUCAGCCGCUGAGCGUUCAGGCCAUGGGUUUGGCGGCAGGAGGAAAGCUGAGUAUGUACCUCUCAUGGAGUGAUAUUGUUUCGGACUCUAACCCUCCGUCCAUGUGGAAUGUCGACGCGGCUCGUGUGAUCCAUGUGCACAUUUUCGACCCCGUCAGCUUUGAGUCCGUCACUCACAUUGUCCCUCCACCUAUUCCCAUGAGCGCCUACCAGGCUGUGGCAGCUGACAUGCCGUUCUUUCUGGUCGAAGAACAGGUGGAUGACCGUGUUGAAGGUGGUGGUUUUGAUGAUGUCAAGUCCGUCAGCCAGAUGGACAAGAAGGGGAUCGCGGCGGAACCAUCGUUCGACCCAGCCCACCCUACUAUGUGCAAAAGAUGUGAGAAGAGGCUCUGUGAUUGCAUGUAA